GUGCUGUCUGGUUAUCCACUUGACACUCUGAGAGUGAGGCAGCAGCAUUCAAAGAGUGGUUCUGCUUUCAGCAUACUUCGCAAUGUCAUCUCUGCUGAAGGCCCUACUGCCCUCUACAGAGGCAUUGCUGCUCCCUUGGCCUCUGUCACUUUCCAGAAUGCCAUGGUUUUCCAGAUAAACUCCAUUCUCUGUCGAGCAUUUAACUCAUCUGCUUCCACUAAAGACCCUGCUCCUUACAAAGCUGUUGCUCUAGGAGGAUUUGCUACAGGUGCCGUUCAGAGCCUAAUCCUCAGCCCCAUAGAACUCGUAAAAAUCCGGCUUCAACUGCAGAACAUUCAAGCAUAUGCAAACGCAAAAUCUCAUCAACUGCAAUCCCACAGAGGCCCUAUAGAUGUUGCCAAAGCCAUCAUGAAAGCCGAAGGCUUACGGGGAAUAUAUCGUGGUCUAGGCAUUACUGUUCUGAGGGAUGCACCUUCAUUUUGUUUCUACUUCUCGACCUAUGAGUACAUGAGAGAGAAGCUUCACCCGGGCUGCAGAAAGAGUGGCGAAGAAAGCAUGCGAACAAUGAUGCUAGCAGGAGGGCUAGCAGGGGUAGCAAGUUGGCUGUUUGUUUAUCCCUUGGAUGUUGUAAAAACCAGAUGGCAGGCUCAAUCAAAAUGCGUUGUCAUAGGCGAUUGCUUCCAGAAGAGCUGCAGAGAGGGAGGAUACCGCGUGCUCUGGCGGGGACUGGGAACCGCGGUGGUUAGAGCGUUUCUGGUGAAUGGAGCCAUUUUUCCUGCUUAUGAGAUUGCUCUGAGGUUCCUACAAAGCAAUGAAACCAUUCCAGCAGUGAGUGCAAUCUAGACAAGUUUUCUUUGCAAAAUAAUAGGGUUAGCUUGCAGCCAGUUUGUAGCCCUAAAUUAUCUGAUGGAUAAUUUAGUGAAGAUUAGAUGGAUGAUUCAGUUUUAAAAUAAAGUAAAA